ACAAAGUCGUCAUUUCAAUGAUCGACAAAAGAAGACCUUUACUCACUUUUGAGUCAACAAAUAAUAUUCCAUCUUAAACUCAUUCAAUGCUAAUUGUUUAAAUAAUUUUAACACUUAUUCUAAAUUAGAUAACGUGCAAUAUGGAUGCUAUCAAGUCAAGACAUUAUCGAAGUGACUUCAGUUCAUUCUGAGACUUUCAGUUAAAAACAAUUUGAUUAAAAAUAUAUAUAUUUUUUUAAUUUGCAUUUAUCAUGAACAAAAUCAUUUUUAUUUGUUUACUUUUAUUUCUGCUGGUGAGCUAUGUAAGUACAAGAAGAGGAUUUGGAGGCGGUGGUGGUGGAAGAGGGGGUUUUGGUGGUGGUAGAGGGUUCGGAGGUCGAGGAUUUGGUGGUCGAGGAUUUGGCGGUCGAGGAUUUGGCGGUCGGGGAUUCGGUAGGGGUGGCCCUUUCUUUGGCGGCGGCGGUGGAUUUGGAUAUCCAUAUCGACGUCCUUAUUACAGAGGCUAUGGAUAUGGAGGAUAUGUUCCAAUUCCAGUGCCAUUACCAGUUCCUGUUUUACUAUAGAAAACAACAAAAAUUUGUAUUAUUUAUUGAAUAAAUGUUGUUUUAUUGUUCAUUUUUGGUGGAUUAAAAUUUGUACAUUAAAGUACUUUUUUUUUCUUUUUGAUAUUACAUUGUAUAAUUACAAAAAAAUAAAUUAAAAAAAU